UGGAAAGCCUCCAUUCCCGGAAGCGCAGGUGUUCCGGCCGGGCGGCUAGUGGCCAGAGGGAGAUGGCAGCUGCCCGGCGCAGGAGGCAGCGAUUGAGCUGGGCGGCGGCUCCGGCCCCCUCCCGGCGCGGGGGAGCGGGGUGAUGGGAUCGGGCCGCUCGCCCGCCGCCUUUCCGGUUGAGGAAGGUGCAGAGCAUGGAGAAUGAUGAACUUCCGCCAGAGGAUGGGAUGGAUUGGUGUGGGGUUGUAUCUAUUAGCAAGUGCUGCAGCUUUUUACUAUGUCUUUGAAAUCAAUGAGACUUACAACAAACUAGCACUGGAGCACAUUCAACAGCACCCUGAGGAGCCACAAGAAGGAACCACAUGGACACACUCCUUGAAAGCACGACUGCUGUCCCUGCCUUUUUGGCUCUGGACUAUUCUAUUUUUAAUACCAUAUUUGCAGAUGUUUUUGUUCCUUUAUUCCUGUACAAGAGCUGACCCCAAAACUGUGGGCUAUUGCAUCAUUCCGAUCUGUCUGGCUGUUGUUUGCAAUCGGCACCAAACAUUUGUGAAGGCCUCUAAUCAGAUCAGUAGAUUACAGUUGAUUGACACUUAAUUCAAUCUCCGGUUUCAAUAGCUUCUUCAGGAAUAACACCUAUGUCUGACCUAAUCACACGACUGAAGUUCUGACUGGAGGUUGGAAAGAGCCUUUCCUUUCAAAUGGCUAAAUACUGAACAGUAGUUACGUUCUUAUUUUUUUUAAUGCUUUUUUUAAAGCAUGGACCCAUCAUACUAGCCAGAAUAGCAGAGCCCUGUGAGAGACUUGAUGCCUUAUGAUGCAAAAUUGCCACCCUCCCUCUGAAGUAUCUUGGGGAAGUAUGCUUCUGCAAUCAUACUCCACUGUGCAAAAAAGAUUACGUGCAAGCUUUCCCUUUGAAUCAAUGAAAGUGGACACUUUUGUGGUAAAUGUAAAAGAUUAGAACAUGCUGAUAAAAGCUGCAUUUAACACAUUACUUUGCUUUCUCAUUUUUUAAAUACUAUUGCACGCUUACAACUCUGAAUUAUCUUUUAAAAAGAUGAGAAUGAAGUAUGGCUGAACAGCUUUUUAGUGAGGAUAGUCCUUUUCUCUCUGUCACUGAGUUACAGGCCACACAAUACCAUAUUUUAUUAGGCAGAAGCUGGGGAGGUGUGAUGCCUUUAACAUCUUUUCACUGAUGCCAAAGAAAAGCUGGUAACUGGCAGGGGACUAGAGGUUCUACAAAACUCAUUUUUCUUUAUUUUCUUCUCCCUACUUUUCUCCUAAUGGUAACUGAGUUCACUACUGUUGUGCUUCAUUGCGUGAGUGGAACUAGAACAGCUUUUGGUGAAUCAACUGUGCAUUGGGGAACUACUAUAAAAAUGGGAGAAUAAGAUGUGUCCAUCAACUCUUUGCUGAAACACCUGUGAGAUGCAAACAAAAGGCUACAAGGAUAUCCAGUCUUUCUCCCAAAUACUAAACAAGUGAGCUAAAUAAUCCCACUAAUACAAUGAGUACCAGACUUCUUAUUUUCCAAAAACAUGUAGAAGUAUUAUUGGUGGUUGUCCUAUAUCUUAAUUUCACUCUCCAUUUUCAGUGACCUUUUUGGCAUAGUAAGUAAUUCUGACAAUUGGUUUACCAUGCUAUUAAUUUACAAGCAUAGAUUCUAUGGCAAGAAGGGAUUAUUGUGAUCAUCUAGUCUGACCUCCUGUAUAAAACAAACCACAGAAUGUCCCAAAAAUAAUUCUUAAAGAAGAUCUUUUAGAAAAGCAUCCAAUCUUGAUUUAAAAAUAGUGAUGGAGAAUUCAUCAUGGGCGUUGGUAAAUUGUUCCAAUGGUUAAUUACUUACUAUUAAAAAUGUAUUCCUUAUUUCCACUUUGAAUUUGUCUAGCUUCAGCUUCCACCCAUGAGCUUAUAUUAUAGCAUUCUCUGCUAGACUGAAGAGCCCAUUAUUAAAUAUUUUUUCCCCAUGCAGGUACUUAGACUAUAAUCAAAUCACUUAAUCUUCUCUUCGGUAAAAUAAAUAGAUUGUACUCCAGUCAUUGCUUCCUAGGAUGGAGUUCCCUAUCAUCUAAGUAUGGCCUACAUUCUUUGUUUCUAGAUGUAUAGAUUUAGCUAUGUUAAAACACUUAUUUGUGGCUUGUGGCCAGUUUGUCAAGCAGUCAUCAUCAGCUCUGAAUCAGUAACCUGUCCUCUUAAUUAUUUAUCACUCCCCCAAUUUGUGUCAGCUGCAAACUUUAUCAGUGAUGAUUGUGUUUUCUUCCAGGUCAGUGAUGUGCUAUACCAUAGGGCAAGAACCGCUGCCUGCAGAACCCCACCAGAAAUACACCCGCUCGAUGAUGAUUCCCCAUCAAAUUGAACCAUCCUGUCUUAGUAUGGCAUAUAGGCGUUUACUUGGUGGUCCCUUUGGUUUUAGUGGAACUCAUUAAGUUUCUAUUGUUGCUACACAUUGUCAAGGAGUGCCCGCUAACCAAAUUCAGCAGCAGGCUCUGAGAGUUCCAUUUGGCCCCUGAGAACGCCAUUGCUUGGCUCAGCAAAUAUGGAAAGGCUAAAUAACGAUUCUAGCCCUUGUGGAGAUAAACCAGUGCAGGGCUGAGUCUUCCAAGAGGCAGAAGCAGUAGGCCCAAGCCAAGAUAGUUUAUACCCCUUUUUGUGUCAGUUAUGUGAAUUCCACUAUAAUUAUAAUAAAUGUUAACAUUCUACUGAACUGCUGCAGCAGAACAUCCACCUGUUCUGAGACUGACUGGAUCUUGGGGAGACUACAAUCACUUCUCCCUCUAGCUCUGCUUUCAGCGUUACCAUGUUUAAACACAGCAGCUAAAACAUUCUUAAGCUUUCAUUUGCAUUUGGAGCAAUUGUUUCUGUGGUUUUAAAUGCCAACAUUGCUGCUAAGAACUGAACAUACACUCUACCCUUUACAAGAAAGCAAAUGUAAUAAAGUUCUAAUGGCAAAGUGUAAUAUCUAAAGGAGUCUUGCAAAAGUGUUAAGCAGGAAUGGAAGAAUCAACCUUCAGAAGGCAGAGCUUUAAUACUGUGAUACAAUUUCCUUCAUUUUUUUAAUCAGUUUAAAUCCAUAUUCUUAUUUUCCAUGUUUCUAAAACUGGAGUAUCUUCCCUACUUUCUAUCAUUACAGAGGGACCAUGCAGAUACCACUGAGACAAUCGUUCCAUUCAUUGAAAUAAGAUGUUUCUAAUAUUGCCUUGAAAAAUUCCUUUUGAUUGUUUCCUCGUUAGCUUAUCAGUGGAGCUUCUUCUAAGUGUUGGCUGGUAGCAGUCCCAAUAGCUAGCUUUGUCGGGCUAUAUUUCCCAAUGCUUCCUAGAAUGUCCCUUUGUCUACACUUCUGGGCAACAUAAGCUAACACUGUCAAGCAGAGUACAUAGCUCAUGCCACCUCUCCCUUCCCACUCAGAAAAUUCAAACUGGUUCAAUAAGUCUGAAUCCUUUUCUCUUAAACUCUCUUCCUUUACUGUAUAGGAUGUGAGCCCCUGUGCUGAUAGGUCUGGUUGCAAUGGUGUAAGUAAAAAAAAAAAGUACAUCUAGAACAUGAAUUUCAAAGUUGCCAGGUACAAAGAAGAAACUAGAGCUGUGCCUCUGUAGGGCAGGAUCCUUUGCAUAAGAAUGGCCUAUGAGGGAGGAAGUUUCAAGGAGUAACAAAAAAAGCAGUCUGAUUCAAUGUCAAGCAAUCAAGUGGCCUUUCACAGAUUAGUCAGCUCUUCUAUGUAACGGGCUGAGCCUUUUUGGAUAGGGACAGCAUGAUUUCAGCAGUUGAUGUUCAUGAAAGAAGGCAGAAUCACUUUGUUUAUACUAGGAGAUUCAGAGAACAUCUGCUGUGGAAAUAGCUAUGCAUAAUUGGGGCUAUUUAUGAAUGAUUUGAUACUAAGAGGGCUAGUGCAGAGACUGCUCACCAAUAUUUUUACCACUCUACUGGCUAGACCUGCUUGGUGUAGGAUUAGAGAAGAGGGUGGUAGAAAUGCAGGGAGUUAGUCACCACCAUUUCUAGCACCAAGGGAGCUGUGUCACUGGGAGAUUUCCUUAAGAAAUCAAAAUGAAUAUCAAAUUGUCUAAACAGCUACUUCAAUUAUAGAGUCAUCUUUAAAAAGUAGUUUAACUAUCCUAAAGGCUUUUAGAUAUUCGCUAGUGAGAUUCUCACAUUCAUGUAGAAUCACAGCUUCUUUCCUCUAGAAAUUGCAUAACUUUAGACUUUUUAAAUAAUCUUAGCUUGUAUUAGGGAAUUUUAUCAUUGGGCUUUAAAUACUGAAAAUUUUCUAAAAGGUGGAAAAUAAAUGAAUUAUUGUUAAGCUUCCAAGUUCAUAAUUAUGGUGCAAAAGCUUCUUUUUGGUCACACUGUUCAUCAGAGAACAGCUCCUAUGAAGAAUACAAUAAGAUCAUGGGACUAAGACUACAGUUCUUCAACUUGCACUAGAAAAUAGGAAUUGUUGUAAAAGGGCACAUGAGAGAUCUGUGAAGUCCAAUAUCUUACCUUUGGUAAUGGGUACAGUAAAACCUCAGAGUUACAAACUGACCAGUCAACCUCACUUGGACCCAGAAGAGCACAAUCAGGCAGCUGCAAAGAUGGGAGGGGGAAACGCAAGUAAAGUACUGUGUUAAACAUAAACUACUAAAAAUUAUGGGAAAGCAUUUUUCUUCUGCAUAGUAAAGUUUCAAAGCUAUAUUAAGUCAAUUUUCAGUUGUAAGCUUUAGAAAGAACAACCAUAAUGUUUUGUUCAGAGUUACAAACCUUUCAAAGUUACAACCUCCAUUCAAGAGAUAUUUGUAACAGUGAGAUUCUACUGUAAUACUUGAAGUUUCAAAAACAGUCUCCUUUAAAAAAACAACACCCUGUUUGAUAGGCCUUUCACUGCGAGGCUUUUUCCAUGGCUAUUUCUAGCAUACGUAUUGUUGUAGCUGGUUCUUGGGUCUCUUGUCCAACAUUACAUCCUUGUUGAUCAUCUCUGGUUUGACAACUUUACAGAAGUGGAGUUUGGUGUUCUCUUAGCCUUAAGAAUGUAUAUUAACUACCAACUCUAGUCUGACCUCACCACACAUGCAUGGUGUAAACUAAUGCAUGAAAAAUGAAUUGUUUUAACGAACAUCACGUGUUUCAUUUUAAAAAGUUUGCAUCAGCUAUGGUUCUACUUAAGCCCUAGAAUGCAAGCUCAACUCUUGCAAGUGACUGAGUUAUUGUGUAAACUAGCAACUUGAGCAUCUUAUAAUUGCUACUAUUUUUUAAGACUGCAUUUCUUGAACUUUUGUGUCUUUUGGGACUAAAUGCAUUGUGAAUGAAUAACUUUUUUAAACAAUAAAACCUUUAAAAUUUU